AUGGAUGCCCUUGCUGAUCAAGUGCUGGCUAAUUCAUGCUUCCAUAGCGAGCCGGUGUUUACCACCAUCAUUUACUUCUACUGUGAAGGAAGGAAACUAAGCAAAGCUGUUCGUGUCUUCAAGCAUAUGAAAAACUCUAAGCGCUUGGGCUGUAGGCCUUCUUUGAGGACGUACAACCUCUUGUUCAAUGCUAUGCUAAGUAAGGGGAGCAACUCCUACAUUAGCCAUAUGUAUAUGCAGACGAUGAGGUGCCUAUUCAGGCAAAUGGUUGAUGAUGGUGUUAGGCCUGAUAUCUUCACGUUGAAUUUUAUGGUCAGAGGUUAUGUUUCCUCGAUGCAUUUGAAUGAUGCAUUGAGAAUCUUCCACCAGAUGGAGGUCGUUUAUAGUUGCCAGCCAAAUGCAUAUACUUAUGACCAUCUCAUUCAUGGUCUAUGUGCGCAAGGUCGAUCAAUCAACGCAAAGUCAUUAUACAGGGAGAUGGUAUCUAGAGGCCAUACUCCUAGUGCUAAGGCUUAUAGUUCACUGGUUAAUUGCCUGGCAAUUUCUGGCGAGGUUGAUGAUGCUGUGAGAUUUAUGAAGGAGAUGAUUGAGAAGGGUAAAUUACCAGACUUAGUGACAUGCCGGACUAUCUUGGAUGAGGUUUGCCGACUAGGGGAGGUUGAAAAAGCUAAGAAGAUGUUAUGGGAGUUAAAAGAGAAAGGCGUUUUGGAUGGUCUUACAUUUAAGAAUCUAUUGUACCAUUUAGAAGAUGAUCGUGGUCUAAUUAGUUAA